UUGUCUCCACUCCCUAUUAAAUCGAUCAUCCUCUCGCCGAAUCCCAUUUCUCUCUCAGAUUUCCACUAAAUCUCUCUUCUCUUCUAGGGUUCAUCCAGCUCUCUGCAAAAUUCCACCUCUAAUUUGUGAAUCCAUGGCGGAUCGCAGGAGAUCUCCCAGCAAUGGCGUCCAGAAGGCCGUUUGGGCAUCCAAGAUCGUUUUUUCCCUUCUUGGGAUCCUCUCCGUGGUGAGGCUCGCCGUCCCUCCCGCCGCCGGCGUCCUCGCCCCCGCCCUCCCGCGCCUCUGGGCCUCCCUCUGCUCCUGCCUCUCGCCGCCGUAUCUCUUCGUUGUCAUCCAUCUCAUCGUCCUCGUCAUAUGGAAGCUCUCCGACCAGAAGCACCACCACGGGCCGCCGGAGGCGACGGAAGCCGUGAAGAUCAAGGCUUUCGAGAGUGCCCCUCCUCCUCCCGCCGCUCAAGCCGUCCCUCUCUCGCCCCGACCUACGCCGGCAACGCCUAAACCCCUAGAUCCAGAUUCCGACGGCGAUCCAUUGGACAAGGAGGCGGAGAGCUCGGAGGAGAACGACUCCAUGGAAGCAACUUGGAAGGCGAUCAUGGAGAAGACCCCCCGAGGCGGAGAGAACCCAGGACCGAGGAGGCCGCCUCCGCCUCCAUCGCCGCCGCCGGAGGCGACGGAAGCCGUGAAGAUCAAGUCUUUCGAGAGUGCCCCUCCUCCUCCCGCUGCUCAAGCUGCCCCUCUCUCGCCCCGACCUACGCCGGCGACGCCUAAACCCCUAGAUCCAGAUUCCGACGGCAAUCCAUUGGACAAGGAGGCGGAGAGCUCGGAGGAGAACGACUCUAUGGAAGCAACUUGGAAGGCGAUCAUGGAGAAGACCCCCCGAGGCGGAGAGAACCCAGGACCGAGGAGGCCGCCUCCGCCCCCAUCGCCGCCGACGGCGGCCAUUCGGGCGAGGCUGCCGUCGGUGACGGGCCGCGACGAGCUGAACCGGCGAUUCGACGAUUUCAUAAAGAAACGACACGAUCAAAUCCGGCUUCAGAGGCAUGAAUCGAAUCAGAGAAGAUUGCAGAUGAUGGAUUCAGGAUUCCACUGAUCUCUCAUUCCAAAACUCUCGAAUCUAUCUCAAAAGAAAGAGUGAUUCAUCUGCUGAAAGAAACUCAUCGUUCAGGUUAUUUUUAAAAAUCGGAUGUGGGUUGGAUCACUGCUACGAGAUUCUGUUGAUAUGUAUUUUCGUUUGCCUUUCUCUUUGUAUAGAAGAGGAAUCUCAGCGCAAUAAUAAAAUUACUGAUCUUCUGACUCGGAGGUCACAUGUUAGUGGAAGUAUUAUGUAGUUUUUUUUUAAUUGUAAGUAUGUUAAUGGUUGUUAUGAUUAUAUAUUUUUUUUACUUCUGUAAAAAGUUAAUGGUACAGUGACAGAUGUCUUUUCAGUUUUUUACCCAAUAUCAAAUUCUAAUUCGUGCUA